AUGGAACUACUAGGAGUUAUAACGGAUUUUCUCCAGCUGUCCAGAUGGAGCGUCUCACUCGUCUGUCUUGCAGUUUAUCUCUCCAUCCACCUGCUGUUCGGAUGUGUGCGCCACUGGCGAUACCGGACGAUACCGGGUCCGUUUCCGUGGCCGAUCGUUGGGAACGCGCCACAGAUAGGAAGCAACCCGCACCUCUACUUCAGCCGCUUGGCGCGCCAAUACGGGAACGUGUUUCAGAUCAAGCUUGGUAACCGAGCCGUCGUGGUCCUGAAUGGAGACGCCAUCCUACAGGCGCUGGUCAAGAAGGGGGUCGAUUUUGCCGGAAGACCUGAUUUUGCUUCGUUUAGCUAUGUAUCGGGCGGACGCAGCAUGGCUUUCGGGAACUACAACGAGUGGUGGAAGGUGCACCGGCGGGUGGCGCAGGCCACCGUGCGCAAGUUUACCACCGGCAACGGCAACACCAAGCGCGCCUUCGAGGAUCACGUCGUGAGCGAGGUGCGGGAGCUGCUCACGCUCUUUGUGGACAAGACCCGAAAGCACGGUUACUUUCAGCCCAAUUACUACCUCGUAGUGUCCACAGCCAACAUCAUCAGCGCUGUGUGCUUUGGCAAGCGUUACUCGUACGACGACUCUGAGUUUCAGCAGCUGGUCGGGCGCAACGACAAGUUCUCCAAGACGGUGGGCGCCGGUAGUAUCGUGGACGUCAUGCCCUGGCUUCAGUACUUUCCCAACCCAAUUAAGACACUGUUCGGACAGUUCAAGGAGCUUAACGCAGAGUUCUACGACUUCAUCGUGACCAAGGUGGUGGAGCACAGGAAAACCAUAGAAACCAGCGUGGUGCGUGAUAUAACCGACGCGCUGAUCGUGACGCUGGACCGCGGCAUGAACGGACCUUCAGGGGUCCAUCUGGAUGGGAAGUACGUGCCACCCACCAUCGGGGACAUAUUCGGGGCCAGUCAGGACACCAUCUCCACCGUCCUGCAGUGGAUUGUUCUGGUACUUGUCCGGUAUCCAGACAUUCAAAAGAAACUUCAGGAGGAGGUGGACAAAGUUGUGGACAGAAGCCGUCUGCCCUCUAUCGAUGACCAACCGAACCUCCCAUACGUAAUGGCCUUUAUCUAUGAGGUUAUGCGGUUCACCAGUUUUAUCCCUCUGACUAUCCCCCACUCUACCACCACAGACACAUCAGUCAGUGGAUACCCCCUCCCCAAAGGCACUGUGGUUUUUGUCAACCAGUGGUCUCUGAACCAUGACCCAGUCAAGUGGGACCAACCCGAUGUCUUUAACCCGCUGCGCUUCCUGGACGAGAAUGGGGCAUUAAAUAAAGAUAUGGCCAGCAAUGUGCUGAUCUUCUCCACUGGAAAAAGAAGGUGUAUUGGGGAACAACUGUCCAAAAUGCAGCUCUUCCUAUUUACAGUGCUGCUUGCACAACAGUGUAACUUUACUGUGAAAGAGCGACCCACUCUGGAGUACACAUACGGGCUCACAAUGAAGCCUAACCCAUUCUAUGUGGCAGUGACUCUGCGUGACAAUAUAAAUUUGGGGGAGAAGUUGGUCUGACCAUAUCUUCAUGCACAGGAUGUGAAUUAUGGGACUAUGAACUAGGGUUAGGGUUAGGGUUUUCUUUUUGUUGGUAACAGGUUGUAAAAAAGGGAAAAAAACUCUUCAAACACUGAAACACUUUAAACAAACACUUAUCAAAAUGAAGGUGACCUAUUGUAUAAUGAACA